AUGAUGUAAUGCGGGUAGAUGAUAUCAGAGAGAGGACACACAUUUGAGCCUCACUCGGCUUGCUACUUUGAGCACUGCUAAAUAGUCCCUGUCGAGACCGCACCCGACAUCUUCUGAUAAUUAGUAGCACUUGUUUGUCAAUUACCUCCUCUGCUGUUACCAGAGCAGUGAGUGCGCGCCGCCAUGACUGCGUUUGAAAUUAUAGACACGUACGCCGUGCAAGGCAUCAAAGUAUUCGAAUACCUCUUCGACGUCCCGCUAGACUACAACGACACGCGCUCGACCACCACCAUCAAGAUCUACGCCCGACGCGUGGUGCCCAGUGACGAGGCAGGCGAGAAUGAUCCGAACGCAUGCAAGCGGCCUUACAUGGUUUAUCUGCAGGGCGGACCGGGGUUUGAAUGCGAGGCGCCGUUGUCGAAAAGUGGUCGGACAAAGGAGGUUUUGGAUAGAGGGUAUCAGAUGCUCUAUCUCGACCAGCGAGGAACUGGAUAUAGCUCUCCGAUUUCAUACGGAACUUUGAAGGAUCUUGAGUCCGACGACGCGAAAGCUCACUACCUAUCUCUAUUCAGAGCAGACAACAUCGUCAAGGACUGCGAACAAAUCCGCAAGACGCUACUCCAGGACGCGACAGAGAAGAAAUGGUCGCUGCUCGGACAGUCGUUCGGCGGGUUCUGCUGCGUGACUUAUCUCUCGUUCUUCCCUGCGAGCUUGAAAGACGUGCUGAUCACGGGCGGUGUGCCGCCUUUGGUUGAUUCCCCGGAUCCGGUUUACGACGCUCUUUACAAGCGCGUAAUCAAACGGAACGAGGCGUACUUUACGAAAUUCCCCCAAGACGUCGCCAAGCUAAGAAAAAUCUACACAUUUCUGGCAUCCAAGCCCGUCGUGCUUCCGAACGGCGGCACUCUCUCUGUCGAGCGGUUUCAGCAGCUCGGAUUGGAUUUCGGAAGACAUCAGGGCCUGGAUGGUGUACAUCAACUUGUGUCGAAAGCUGCGUUUGAUCUGAGCCAUUUUGGAGAGAUCACGUAUAACACUCUUAGCCGGAUCCAGAACGCGCAGGGCUUUGAUUCGAAUAUCUUGUACGCAUGUGUGCAUGAGGCUAUCUACUGUCAAGGACAAGCGAGUGAUUGGUCUGCUGAGAGGCUUCGUGGGGGGUAUGCGCAGUAUUUCAACUUUGAGCAUAUAAUCGCGCAGGGAGAUGAGAGUAUCCCUAUUUAUUUCACCGGCGAAAUGAUUUACAAAUCAAUGUUUGACGAUUACGCCGAGCUGCGCCCGAUGAAAGCCGUAGCCGACAAACUAGCGACGAAAGCAGACUGGCCGGCCCUCUACGAUCUCUCGACGCUGAACAAGACGACGGCGCGGGUGAGCGCAGUGUCGUACUUCAACGACCCGUACGUCGACCUCGAGCUCUCGGUCAAGGCCGCGGCGGAGAUCAGGGGCUGUCGGCAGUGGGUCACGAGCGAGUUUUUGCAUAACGGGUUGACUAUGAAUCCGGCGCGGGUGCUGGGCGAGUUGUUUAGGUUGUUGGAGUGUGAUGUGGAUUAGAGUCGUAGUAGCGUUGCUGCAUUAUGUUACAGAGA